UGUAUAGUCCCUAGCAGGGAUGAUUUGGUCAGCAUGGCCCUAAAAUUUGCAGCGAAUAUAUCGUUCACAUUUUUGGAGCAUAAAAAUUUCCUUGAUAGAUACCAAGCAGCCAAAGGAGCAGGUGAUGAACUUGAAUAUAUCAGCUAUGACCAGAAGUAGCCAUUUAUUGACAAAUUGUACUGCCAGAGUUGUUUUCGAAACUUGAAGGAAGGGACCUCAACGGCCCCUGAUUGUUUUGAAAUUGGAUGAUGUUUUUCAUGAAUAUUUAUGUAAACCAAACUUUUUCCUCACCAUGUGCAACAUUCUGGUGUUCAAGAGAUAAAAGCAUAAGAUACUAUUUUCUUGAAAAAAGGGUUUGCUUGAAAUCCCAAAGACUUGAACUAUUAAAAAAAUCUUCACUUUUCCACCAGUCGUUGUAUGAAUAAUUUUAGUCUUACCUCGUUUGACCUUCCUUCCUUCAUUUAUAAAAUCGUACAUUCAUGCAUUCUUUAAUUUAUUCAUUAUAUCAUUAAUUGUUUGCCUUUACUAUCAUUUAUCUUAUUUCUGUUUGCUUUGUCUUAUCCACACUUGUCAUUCUACCUCAUGUGUUCCUAAUUUCUGUUUCUAAUUCAGAUUUAUGUCCUCACUGACAGAUUGUCAUUUUACCUCACAGGUUUCAAAGCUGUGGAAUCAGGUUUUCCACCAGAUAUUCCUAUUGAGGAAUUAUCUAAUGCCAGAGAAAAUGCACAAAUAGAACAGAUUCUCAUGAAUGCUUUUGAUGGUGAGCUCUUGUUAGGAAUGAACCCUUUGUUUUAAGUCUAGUUUGUGAAGUAGGCUCUCUGUUUGAUCAGGCCAAAGCAAUUUAACCUGGUACAUCUAAGUGAGAAUUCAUGUGUAUGAGAGCUAUCAUUUUUUCUUUUUCAUGCCAUGCACUUCUUUAAACUGCUGAGAUCAGAAUUGCCUGUAAUUUAGAGCAAACUCAAAGUGGCUCUGAACAUUCUCAACAGGUUCUUUGAAAUAUACAGUUGAUAAAUUUUGAUUUUUUUGAUCGCAGUGUACAAAUAAGAAUAGGAGUCACUGAUUGCUUUUAAAUUAGAGGUUUUAAAGACACUUUGGUAUUACUUUAGUAACUUCCUACUUCUUGGGAAAAAACCCCAACUUAGCUAAUGUUGGUUUGGAAUUUGUUUGAUGCCAUCAUGGAUGCACUUCCGGUAAAUAGGGAAAACUUGAGGAAAUGGUUUAGAGAUCCCCAUUCAGGCCUAUACAGCAUGCUGAGCUAUAUUUUUCUAUUUCAUAAAUUUUUUUUCUUUGUAGGAGGUUCUCAAGGACUUGCAGCAGUACCUGGUAGAGAGGAAGAAUUUAAGCAAUGUUUAGAGUUAUCUAUCAAAUAUGCUGAAGCUGUUAAAUGUACAAGGUAAUGUGUGACCAUUUGCUUUGGACAGAUAAAAUUUCCUCUCACUCAAGUUCUCUGCAGUAGCAAACCAUCUCAGAGAAUUCUUUAUUUAUUUUAUCCCUUUCAUUUUGAAGAUCUCAAAAUAAAAUCAUGUACAUAUUUAUACCUUGAGCUCUGACAAUCUGGUGUUUUAUAAAGCAAUAUCACCUUUCUGAUAUUUUACUUAUUCCUCCAACCUUGAUGCUAGAUAAUGUGACUGUUUAGUAAGGAGAAAUAACCCAUUGGUCACUCUUAGGAGUUAUUGCGUCAAGUUAUCAAUAACUCAAAUUGUAGGAUUUGUCUGUCUGAGUUUCCAUGUUUUAAUUGAGACCAUCAUUAGCAUCUGUCAUUUAUUGUAGAUUGCAUGUAUUAGCUGGUGUGUUUCCUGAGGGUGUUACUAGCACAGAUAACAAGUCAGUGGUGCUAUGGGAGGAGACAUAUGUGAAGAAUAUGAAAUAUGCUGCUCAGAGGCUAGAAGAGGUAAUCUGUUAGCACAAUCUCUGACACAAAGAAUUGUGACACAAGUACAUUUGAGAAGUAGGGAUUUAACAAUGACAGUCCAGAAGAUUUGUGUGACUCAAAAUUAGUUGCAAUAGCAAACAAACCUAUGCAUGAGCCCCAUAACCCUUUAUGCCCCAACAUCAGUAUCGAUAUUCUCCAUACUGUUCUCUAUACAUUUCCUUAGGUGCCAACAAGAAGAAUUUGUUUAGCAAUCAAGAACUGUUUUAGUUAGUGAUCUUUUCCUUGAUUAUCUUGAACAUGCGAUUCAGGGGUGAUAUUGUAUGGAGAAAUUAGAUUCACUCAUCACUUAUCACUUAUAGGGGACAAAGGGUUAAGAAAAAAUAAUUAUUCAUGUAUUUACUACAUUAUGAAGACUGACUAGCAGUAACAUUGAGUAUUCUUGUCUUAAACUGUUGCAGAAUGGAAUCACCCUUUUAGUAGAGCCUAUCAGUACAAUACCAGGGUAUUUUUUAACUAAUUCACAACAAGGUAUUUUUUGUGACUUUUUUAAUUGACUUUAAUGUUAUUAUUUGAAAUUGUUCUGCCACUUAUUUUUGUUUCUGAAAAAAAAGAAAACAUAUGUAACAUCUAGUAAUUCUGUUUUGACAGCAAUCAAUUUGAUCAAGAAAGUAGAUCAUACAAAUAUGAAACUUCUGUUGGUAAGUUGUUAAAAAUGCAAAGCAGUAUUAACUACAAAAAGAAAGACUUCCUGAUAAAUUUUCAUUUCAAAACUAUUUUUCAUUUAUCUAUUUAUUUUUUAACCUAUUUAUGAUCUGGUUUACCGCUAAUUGUUUUAACUUUUGUUAUUUUAUAAAUUUAUCAUAACAGUCACAAUUAGAUAAGUUGGUUUUUUAUAUCAAUUUUCAAAUCAUUUGUAGGAUUUGUUCCACCAUCAGCGUACAACUGGUAACAUAACACAGACUCUAAAUGAUUCCAUGCCUUAUAUAGGUAAAUUUCUACCUAAAAAUAAUUUACUGUUUCCAGCAGGGAUAUUACUUUCCUGAAAAAGCUUAAUGAAACAUAGGCAGUAUGACGCAUGAAAAAGACCAGUAUUCCUUACUGGAGGAAAACUGAUACUAACAAAUAUUCUUGGUGGCUUCAUAAAAUGGGUCAGUUAGUUGCUCUGGCAGGAAUUCAAAUCAGUUGUGGAUGCAGACUUACAAUCACUUUUUUUAUCAAGUCCACAAGGAGACUUGGUUGAUACAACCUGAUUUGGUUCAUAAAGUGUUGAGUUCUGGGAGACCAAAUUCUCCAGUUUCAUUCUCCCUUACACAGAGGUCUCUGUGAAUGAAUCUCCCUUAUUUAGAUUUUCAUCAUUUUGAGACUGGCCUAGGGUGCUUGUGACUGUCUUAGUUAUCCUUCAUUCUCUUUAGAAUUUCUUGAAUCACCUUGGCAUUUUUAAUGAUUCCUAAAAACUACUUUUUCCUUAAUUGUGAAAUGUCAUUGGGAAAUAGAAGGAAAAACUCUAACAGCUGCUUUUGGGAAAAUUUAGAGCAUAACUGGGAUUGGUUGGGGAAGGGUGAUUCAAAACAAAAUGUUUAUCCAGUUUGGUUGGGGGGUGUGAAUAUUUACUGAAGACUUGAUGUAUAAAUGCUCAACAGGCCAAGCAACAGAACCUCCCCAACCCUUCCCUACCCUUCUAAUUUCUAGAAGUUUGGACCCCCUACUGAAGUCAGAUACAUCCUCCAGUGUUAUCAAUCUUUCCAUUGAAAAUAUCAUAUGCCACUUUCUGCACAGCUGCUGCUAAUCAAUUUUUUGUCUCGUUUUUUAAUUUAUUUGUUCAUUUUUUUUUUCAUUAAAUUUCAUAGGCCAUAUCCAAAUAAGCCAGGUGCCAUCACGAAAUGAACCAGAUUUAGAUGGCGAAAUCAACUAUCCUUUUGUAUUCCAUCACAUAGCUAAACUAGGAUACAAAGGCUGGAUAGGCUGUGAAUAUCAUCCAAGAGGUACAACACUAUUUUUAUUUUGA